AUGGCUCAACAAAUCGAAACCCCAGUCCUGAUUGUGGGCGCAGGACCUGCCGGCCUCAUUGCCGCACUCAGCCUCGCAAAACUUGGUAUAGCCUGCACUUUGAUGGAGAGAAAUUUGGAAACAACUCGAUUCCCCAAAAUGAACAUCACAAAUUGCAGAACCAUGGAAAUGUUCAAACGACUUGGAAUUGACGAAAAGCUCAGGGAGAUAGGGGUGGCAACCGAGUACUCGUUUGAUUCACUCUUCAGCUCUGGUCUUUCGGAAGGUGGCGAGGUCAUCACGAAAUGGUGGCGUGAAAGCGUCAAACGACAGAACGACGGCACUCAACCCCGAGAACCCUAUCAGCGCUGCUCGCAAGCCGUUUUCGAGAAGGCCUUUAAGCCAUUGAUCCAGGAGCAGUCGUUGGUAACUUCGUAUUUCGGCCACAAAUUUGAAUCUCUCCAAGAAAAAGACGACUAUGUCUUGUCACGGUUCUCGGUACUUGGAUUGUCCGACGAGGUUGUGGUCAAGAGCAAGUAUGUGAUAGGUUGCGAUGGUGCUGGCAGCCGCGUAAGGCAAAGCAUCGGCGGGAGUCUUGUUGGAGGUCCAAUCUCCGCGGCAUUCUACCUUGUGCACUUCAGAUCCACCGACCUGGCACGGCUUCGAAAAUGUGGGCAAUACUGGCACAUCUUUUUCACCAGUGGAGCGGCAGUGAUCGCCCAAAACGAGGUUGACACUUGGACCGUCCACAAACCCAUUGGGUUGGACGUUGACCACACCAAGUUGGAUCCGUACGAGACCAUCGCCGAGGUUCUGGGUGGCUCGACUGGCACUCCUUAUCCCAUCAAGGUGGAUGAAAUCCUGGUCACAAGCUCCUGGCGUCCAAAUAUCUGCAUCGCUGACAGGUACCGCUCCGCUUGUGGAAGAAUAUUCUUGAGCGGUGACUCGGCACAUCAGAAUAUCCCGACUGGUGGCUAUGGGUACAACACUGCAGUGGGAGACAGCGUCGAUCUCGCAUGGAAACUUGCCGCUGUGUUGUCUGGAUGGGGAGGGAAGUAUCUUCUUGACUCGUAUGAGAUCGAGCGGCGUCCUGUCGCUGUGCGCAAUAUCGAGUGCUCGGGGUUACAUCGUCAAACCCACGCCACCUACGUGGAGUGGGUGAGGCAGGCCGGUCCACAGACGUUGUUCAUACAGACAGAUCAAGGGCAGGAGCUCCGUCGACGCAUACGCGACCAUUUACAGCAGAAUGAUGGGGAGAACAAGUUCUUCGGGAUUGAGAUGGGUUACCGGUAUAAUCACUCACCUGUCGUGGUGCCCGACAAUGAAGUGGAUGAACCGGUCUGGACGGCUGAAGAUUACAUUCCUUCGACUUGGCCAGGAGCACGACCUCCGCAUGUUUUCCUCGCUGACAAUGAGACAAGCAUCUUCGACCUGUUCGGACCCGGGUUCUCGUUGGUGGAUUUUACUCCCGACAGGAAAUUCAUCGAUGCGUUCGAAAAGGAGGCAAUCUCGCAGAACAUUCCCGUGCGUAUGAUCCAUCUCCCCGACGAUAAGCAUGCCCGCGAUGUAUGGGAGCGGGAUGCUGUUCUUGUUCGACCCGACGACAUGGUCGCCUGGCGCGCCAAUGUCGAUGGACUUGUACCCACGAACGUCGCUGCAAUCCUCCGAAUUUCGGCGGGCAGGGAGGUAUCGCUGGAGCUUGGGACGGCCGAGGCAUUCCAGAAGGAACAGACGGCCUUUGUAAACAAGUCUGGGUUUACGGCGACCAUUGGAAAUGUCAAGCAGGACAAGAUUGAGAAGAUGUCUUCCAGGGCUGACGUGGUGAUGGCGACCGUUCUAGCCGAGAUUCUUCAUGAUCUGCUCAGUCUCCUCGACCCGGAGCUACGCCACAAGCUUCUGCCAACUUUGGAAAUAGACGUGUUGUCUCUGUCGAAUGGGAUUGAUCAAACUGCAACCGUUUCACCGAGCACUGCGCCGCGUCGUGAAUGCACAUCGAGAUCAGGACUCACAGCGACCCCUGCGCCAGACCUUGACCCGGAGGCAGCUGGAUAUCAGGCAUACUCCGUGCCACGAGAAACACCGAAUGCGGAUCUUGAUACCUGUACACAAGAGCUCUAUCUCCCCGAGAUGGAUUUGUCCUCAUUGGCGCAAACGUCUACCACGCCCAAACCCAGUGAUCAACACUUCACCAAUGCCGGUUUCCCAGACGUCGAGAAAUUACCAUCUGCUGGUGACCAAGUCAAGUUAGUGGAUGUAUAUUUCUCCCAUGUGCAAGCAUGGCUACCGCUCCUUCACCGUCCACGGUUCUAUGCACGGUACGUUGCGCCGUCCCUCGCUCAAGGAAAGUCUCUUCAACUUGACACACUGCCCUUGGAGGAACAAUUGCUGUUCAUGGGUAUCUUUGCACUCGCCGCAAGGUACGUUGAUACGGCCCCCUUUGUCCAUACUCCCCCGCCCCAGCGUGGAGACCGCUUUUUCGUCGACGCGCAUCGGGUUUACGAAAAGCUGCGGCAAUCUGGAGCUCCGCCUAGCAUCAUCCUCCUGCAAGGAUCUAUACUCCUGGCAUUUUAUUGCUUUACCUCCGGUCCAAUGGGAUUGACUUGGGGGCUUGUGUCUCGUUGUGUGGAGCUCUCAUACGAGUUGGAUCUAAACUCCAUCGAUGAUGACCCGGACGAUCCGUCUGACUCCAGCCCAGAAGAAUGGGUCACCAAAGAGGGGUUUCGGCGCGUCUGGUGGCUCGUUUGGGAGCUUGAUACCUUCAACUCAACAACCUCACGGCGACCAUGUAUGAUCAACAAGAGACGUGUAACGGUACAUCUGCCAUGUUCAGAUGAAGCCUGGUACGCGGGUACACCUAUUCCUUCUGCCAAGUUAAUACCCGAAGCAAAGGACGCAUGGAAGAGCCUUGAGAAUUGCGCCAACCAAGAUGAAAGAGCAUGGUACUUGGUGGUAAAGUACCUGUCGUCGAUAGCACACGACCUGGCCCAACUGCCCGCAGGGGUGCUCUUGGAACAGAAACAGGAAUUGGGACUGUCUCUCUGUUGCCUCCGACUUGCCCUUCCUCCCAUAUUUCAUUUGAGGAGUAAACCAUUUUCAUUCGACAACACCAAUUUUGCUCGUGGGAAUUGGAUCAUUGCCUUGCAUCUCAUCCUUGCCGGCACGAAAUUGACGAUGUCGACAAUCAUCGAAGAGGGAUCCCCAGGUAAUAGCAAAGAGGUAACCUCAUCCGGCGCUUCAGCAUCCAAGGCGCGACUUGACGACAUUACAUUGAUAGUCAGCAAUUGGCCUCCAGACUUUAUUGCUGUGGCGCAUCCCUUUAUCGCUUGCACGAUGAUGCCAGUAUAUUCGCCAUCGAAUUCGACGAAGGCAACAAAUCCUUCCUCUCUCCCCCACGACCUCUCUAGAUUAGUUCUGACCCACUAUGGCCGAGUAUGGAAACUUGGAAGUGUCCUUGAGAACGUGAGGGACAUGCUUCAACGGCCGGAGAAGCUGUCAGAAAACGAAGUUGAGCUUGCACGCCGUUUCGCAGCCGUCUUCCCUCGCAAAACCACCAAGAGGACGUACAGACUCAUCAAAGAUCUUCGAGGGCUCUUUAUCGUGCUGUGA